AUGUCGGGAAGAAAGAAGACGUUGCUUAAGGUGAUCAUUCUUGGCGACUCCGGCGUGGGCAAGACGUCGUUGAUGCAACAAUUCGUCAACCAGAAAUUUUCCCAACAAUAUAAGGCAACCAUUGGUGCCGACUUUCUUACAAAAGAGGUCACCAUUCAUGGGAAGCCGGUGACGCUCCAAAUAUGGGAUACCGCCGGCCAGGAACGGUUCCAACUGUUAGGGGUAGCGUUUUACCGUGGUGCUGAUUGCUGUGUUCUUUGUUUUGAUGUCACAAAUGAAAAGUCACUCAAUAACUUGACAUCGUGGCGCGACGAGUUCUUGGUUCAGCUGAACGUCCAAAACCCAGCUGAUUUCCCCUUUAUGAUUAUUGGUAAUAAGAUCGAUGUUGAUGAUAGUAAAAAGAUUCAAGGAUUGCCGAAGAAGUUGCAACAAGCUGCCCACAACCACCUCGGUGGUUUAGAUUACCCUGUGUUCCAAACCCUGGCCAAAGAUGGUAUCAAUGUUGAGCAAGCUUUCGAAGUUGUUGCUGAAAUGGCGUUGCAACAAGAAGAGCUCAAUGAGACCAACCAAGAUGCAAACACUGACUUUAAUGAUGCCAUCAAUAUAAACAUGGAUCACGGUGAACUGGGCUGUGCAUGCUAA